AUGUCGUCCCGCGCGACGCUCUCCAUGUGCGCGGAUGGAGCCGGGCCGUCAACCUCUUCCUCAGUCCCCGCCACCGGCUCUGUCCCUUCGGACGCCACAUCUAGCUCUAGCUCUGGCUCUGGCUCUGAUCUCAUCCACGACGAGAAGUUCUACAUGCAGACCGUCAUCUUCCUCGCAGGCCGAACGCUCUUCAAACCGCCCGUAUACGCACUCCCAAAAGAAGACGGCAUAUUCUCGUCGAUGUUUGCGCUGCCCAAUAGCACCGGCGAAGGGUCCGCCGACGACAACCCCAUCCGUCUCCCGCCCGAUAUCGCGGCGGAGGACUUCCGCUGCUUUCUCGAGGCGUGCAUACCAAAGCCGGACUGGGAGAAGCCGUCCAAGAUGAGCGUCGAGGCGUGGAUGCGCGUCCUCAAACUAGCCACGAUGUGGAACCUCGAAAGUCUACGCGCCAAGGCUAUCACCUCAGCCUCCAACGAGCUUACCGCGAGCGGCGAGAGCAGUAUCAUCGACAAAAUCGUCCUGGGCAAGCAAUACAGCGUCUCGCGCUGGCUCCUCGAAGGCUACGAAGCCCUCGCCAAACGCGACGCACGCCUCACACCCGGCGAGCGCGAUCAGCUAGGCCCGGAGAGCGCAUCGAGGGUGUGGGAUCUGCGCGAAGAGUCCUUCGCGUGGUUCCGCAAGCAGGUCAAAGCUUGGCCCUCGCGCGCGAAGGACCCGUACGACGAUGCGUGGAAUGGGAUCCCGACGUGGGAGACGCAUGCGUUCGACUUUCGGGGGGCGGUUAGAAGGAUAUUCGAGGAUGAGCUUGGGGGUUGUCCUGAUUAUGAUGCCUCGAGUGCUGCUGGUGAUGGUUGGGAGUAUGCUGCGUGGCCCGGGCGUGUGGGGGGUAGGAAGAGGGCUAGAGUUGAUGGAGAUGUGACUGGGGCCGGUUGGGGUGCACCGGCGCACGGUGGCUGGGCUACGCCAGGGCAGGGUGAGCACGGUGGUUGGUAG